AUUUCUCUCACAAUCUUCAUUUUGAUAUGCAGUUUGCUGGUAAUUUCGGUUUGGCUUUAAGGAAAGGAAUCGAGAUGACAGCCAUGGAUGACACAGACUUUAUUUUGAAUUACAUGACUGAGAUGGAAGCAGUAGCAGAGGACAUUCUGGCCAAAAAGCAGCACAUGAUAGAACUGGACAAGAAAAGACAAAAGACGAGAGAAGCCAUCAGGUUACUUCAGAAAGAUAAAAUCUCCAAAAAGAAAUGGGUUUGCUUUGGAAACAUGUUCAUUAAAAUGCCAUCAAAAGAAACAAAGAAACUCCUUGAAAAAGAUUUUGAUCAGCUAGACAAUGAAAUCGCAGAAACCAGAAAGGAACUGAAACCCAAAGUGAGCCAGUUGUUUGACCUUGAACAUAAAGACAACCCUAGGGGCUUUCAUUUGAACCCUUUAACCAAAGAGGAAAUGCGGGCCGUAGAACAGAUGCUGUAAACUCUAUAUGAGGUCAUGAUGGUGUACUUACAAGUGCAUUCUCGAAGCACUAAGUGAUACAUAUAAUUGUGAAAACUUCACAUUUGAUAUCAAAUUGUUUGACAUAAGCAUCCCUGUAACUUUUUUUCAAGGAGAACGUUCUAACCAAUGUCAGGUUACAAACAUUGAAAUCUCGUGUGAUGGGUCAUCACUUAUCAUGUGAACUUUAUACAGAAAUUGUGUACGCUCAGUUUAGUUCUUAAAAUUACUAAAUGGUGCACAUGAGCAAAUUGUAAUAUAAUGAUCUUAUGCAUAAUAA